ACAUUGUUUGGAACAGAGUAAACAAUAUGGCGUUUCUAAUGUUGUGAAAAGUGGGUGAUCUAAAUUUGUGAAUAUUUUAAUAUCGAGUAGAAUUUAACCACUGAAAUGGCAAGAAAAAGUGUUAUUAAGUUCUUCCAUAUCGCAAAGUUUUUCUCUGAUGAAGCUAAAUUAAUUGAAAGAGGAGAGAAUGCUGUUGAAGCAAACCAUGUAAGUUCGCUUUCAUAUAAAGCGGAUGAUGGUAUCAUAGAGGCAAAAAUUGAUGCAAGUAAGAAGGAUAAAGUAUAUGCUGUGCAAAUUAUGUUUGAAAAAGAUGGUUUUAUCAAAGACGCAAGAUGUGCAUGUCCUAGGGGUAUGGCACGAUGUCAUCAAAUGGCAGCUGCAUUAAUCUACGCACACCACAAUGUUUCGAUAACUGAUCAGCUUUGUCGCUGGAAUUUUAAGAAGCCUUCUAAGAAGGUUAAUAAAAUUUGCAGUGUCGAGGAGUUGUUUCCUCAAAAGAAAUUUAAAGCGACUGAGGAGGAUAAAAGUGCUAUUAAAAAUGAAGUUUAUCAAGCUUUAGAUAGUCAGAUUGUUGGUUUUCGUUGGCUUUUAAGCCCCGAGCCUGUUCCCCGCACUGUUCUAUGGAGGAAAUUUUAUUUUCUUCUGAAUUUUUACAGUCAGCGGAUAAAAAGGCAUUUCUUUUAAAAAAGUGUAAUUUAGUAUAGUCCAACUAUAGUCCAUUCCACCUUAAGUUGGCAUUGCAGGGAUGGGUAGGAUAUGUAAUAUUCCGCUUUUGAAAAGUAGUUCUUCUCUAUUUUGGAAUUAAUUGCAGUUUUAAGAAGAGUUUAUCUUGAAACAUACAUUCGAAGUUUUUCAUGUUUAAAUGUAUUUAACUUAUAGAUACCGUCUCAGUAAAGCGAAUGUACAAAGAUGGUGUUUUAGUUUGGCGCUGGAUUAGUUUUCAAGGCCAAGGAAUUGGCGCGUUGGCUAAGUUUCUACGCUGGUCAGCCAGCUCGUUCCAUUCUGUUGUGCAGUUCUUUUUUCGCUUUCUUUCACUCGCAUCGAUUAGUUGUUCUUUUGUUUUUUAUUAGUUAUAAACUGUUAAUUUGUUGUUUUUAACUGGUUAGUUAUUGUUAGCUCAUUUUUUAUAGUUAUUAAUUUUUUUAAAUUUUGUUUUUUUUGUGAUU